AUGUCUGCGAAAACUCGUAGACGUAACUCAAGUCUGCGAAAACUCGUAGACGAAUUUGAUGAAGUUGAGGAAACUAGUGGCACCAUUGAUGGAACAACUGAAGAUGAAGAAAAAAGUGGAACUCUUGAUGGAGAUGGUGAAGAUGAAGAAAAAAGUGGUACUCUUGAUGGGGAUGGUGAAGAUGAGGAAAAAAGUGGGACUCUUGAUGGAUUUAGUGAAAACGAGGGACAAAGUGGUACACCCUAUCUAUAUCGUGAAGAUGAGGUCCAAAGUGGUACUUUUGAUGAAACCGAUGAAGAUGAAAAGAGUUCUACUUCUGAUGAUAGUGGUUUCGAAUCACUUUCAGAUAUGUCUUUCCAUGAGGAGACCGAGGAGAAAGUAAUUGGAGAAAUAGAAGGCACCACAAAUAUUUUGCAGCUUUUAGAGCGUGUUAGCGUCGGGCAAAUAUAUGGUUCCAAAGCAGAGUUACAACGUAAGCUGCGUGUGAUCACAAUCUUUCAGAAUUUUGAUUAUACAACUUACAAGUCAACGAAAACUCUGCUGGUACUUAAAUGUUUUGUCGCUGGAUGUUCAUGGAAGAUUCGUGCAUCAGCGAUUAAAUCAUCCUCGGAGUUUAAGGUGCGAAAGUACAUAGACUUUCAUACUUGUUCUGUUUUGGAUAGGCGUUCUCGUCAUCGACAAGCUACGUCAAAAUGUAUUGGAGAGUUGUAUUUGGGGAAAUUUGGGAAAGUUGGUGUCGGGAUUAGACCUAUGCACAUCAUGGAUGCCAUGAAAGGUAUGUACGGUGUUGAUAUUGAUUACUGGAAAGCAUACAAAGCAUUAGUGCAUGCAAGUGCGUUAGAAAAAGGUACAUGGGAGAGUGGGUAUGCGGAUUUGCCAAUGUAUCUCCAUAAGAUUAAGGCAGCAAAUCCAGGUACAAUUACAAAACUUGAGUGUGAUGAGCAAGACAGAUUUAAAUACUUGUUCAUUGCAUUUGGUGCAUGUAUUAGUGGUUUUCAGUAUAUAAGAAAUGUGGUUGUGGUUGAUGGGACUCAUUUGAAAGGAAAAUAUGAAGGUGUUUUGCUAGUAGCCGCUUCUCAAGACGGAAACGGUGAGAUUUUUCCUCUAGCAUUUGGGGUUGUAGAUGUGGAAGAUUUUCCUGCUUGGGAAUGGUUCUUAACUCAGUUGCGUUUAAUAUGUGGUAACCAACAAGAGUUGGUGAUCAUUUCUGAUAGACACAAAGCUUUAAGAAAAUCUAUAAGGAAAGUGUUCCCAUUAGCUCAUCCAGGUAUGUGCACCUACCAUCUUCAUCAGAAUCUCGUCAAGAGGUUCAAAGAGAGUGAUACCUUAAAGUUGGUCAAAGAAGCUUAUAGGGUUUACCGGAUUUCAGAGUUUGUUGCGAUAUUUAACGAUAUUCGAGGACAAAACCUUGCUAUUGCAAGAUAUCUGGAAAAAGCUAAUGUCUGUUUGUGGUCUCGCGCAAAUUUUCAAGGAGAUAGGUACGACAUAAUGACAAGCAACAUUGCUGAAUCUGUCAAUAGUGUUCUUAAAAUUGCUCGCGGGUACCCAGUUGCUUAUUUAUUAGAGGAAUUGCGGAAGCUGGUCACCCGGUGGUUUAUGAAUCGACGGGAACAAGCUUUAUCGCUACAAACUUUUUUCACACCAAAAGUGGAACGUAUAUUGACAAAGAGAUCCACGAUUGGCGACACUCUUACUGUACAACACAUUGACGCUCAUCGAAGCCAUGUCACUGGCGGUACAUUUCCUUGUGUUGUCGAUUUACAAAAGAUGACUUGUACAUGUCGCGUUUACGAUAUAGACAAGAUACCUUGUGCGCAUGCUCUUGCUGCUGCUGGGAAGAGACGAAAUAUGAGAUUGGAACCUCUAGUACAUCCUUACACCACAAAGAGUAAUGCGUACAAUGCAUAUGCUGAGUCUGUUGAUCCACAAGAUGUCGAGUGGGUACCAAAUGCGGAUGUAGCAAAUAAAAAGUGUCUUCCCCCGAAGGAAAGACGUGGCGCUGGUAGGCCAAAGAAGUCAAGAUAUCUUUCUGCACUCGAAAAGGCUAUGAGGAAACAGCCACCACUAAAAAAGAUGAAAACAGAACAUGUGUCUACUGAACAGACGAUCCCAAAAUUGCGUAAGCAAUACACAUGUUCACAAUGUAAGGUACCAGGACAUAAUCGUGCCACCUGCAGAGGUGUUUGA